AAAGAGCAAACCAAAAUGGAGGGCAGUUCUAUACUCCAUGCUUUCACUAACAUUUAUUUUGCCAUUUUUGCUUUGUUUUGCUUCAAGCUUUUAAUUAAGAUUUCCUUGGCUUUGCUGACCCAUUUCUAUAUUGUUAAAGGCAACAGAAAAGAGGCUGCCAGGAUAGCAGAAGAGAUCUACGGAAUAGUCCCAGGCAGCUGGGCAGACCGAUCCCCUCUUCAUGAUGCUGCCUUCCAGGGACGCCUCCUCUCUUUGAAAACCUUGAUUGCACAGGGUUUCAACGUGAACCUGGUGACGACGGACCGUGUGUCAGCUCUGCACGAGGCUUGCCUGGGCGGCCACGUCGCCUGCGCGAAGGUGCUGCUGGAGAACGGGGCCCAGGUCAAUGCAGUCACCAUUGAUGGGAUCACCCCACUGUUCAAUGCCUGCUGCAGUGGCAGUGCAGCGUGUGUCAACAUGCUGCUCGAAUUUGGAGCCAAGCCACAGCUGGGAAACCACCUUGCUUCGCCCAUUCACGAAGCGGUCAAGAGAGGUCACAGGGAGUGCAUGGAGAUCCUUCUGGCUCAUGAGGUUGACAUUGACCAAGAAGACUUGCAGCAUGGGACCCCUCUCUACGUGGCUUGCACAUACCAGAGGACAGACUGUGUCAAGAAGCUUUUGCAGCUAGGAGCCAACGUUAACAUGGGGAAGCGAUUAGACACCCCCCUCCACGCAGCAGCAAGGAAAUCCAGUGUGGAGAUAGUUGUCUUGCUGACAGACUACGGCGCUAACACAAAAUGCAGAAAUGCUGAACUCAAAUGUGCCCUGGACCUUGCCACACCCAACAGCAAAGUGGAGCAGGCACUUCUGCUUAGGGAAGGUCCUGCCAGUCUUGCCCAGCUGUGCCGGUUGUGUAUCAGAAAGCAUCUCGGUCGGUCGUGCCUAUAUACAGUCCACAAACUGCACCUGCCUGAGCCGCUUGAGAACUUUCUCCUUUAUCGAUAAGUCUGUAACUGUCUUUAUACUGGAAAAGAAAGAGGAACAAAUGGUUGUUUACUGUAAAAUUAUUAUGACAAAG